GCUACCUGUAUAUGGAAAAUGAAUUGCGAAAGAAAGAAUUCCCUUUCAUUAAUUAAUUACUAUUAUCAAAAAGCCAAGAUAUUUGAGGCAAAAACAGCAGCCAUGAUUGAAUACCAACAACACCACUUGGGAUAGAAAUGCUUAAAUGAGUGAUCUCUUUUGUUGUUAGUUCAUAUCAUAUCAUACAAUUUAAUUCAAUUCUGUUGUUUACAGAGCAAGAUCAUCAUAUGGCAGAUGCUGUUGUUUCAUUUGUGAUUGAAAGGCUUGGAGACUUGGUGAUUUCCGAAGCUGAAUUCUUGCAUGGAAUCAAAGGCCAAGUGGGGAAAGCAAAAAUCAAGCUUCAAUGUAUGAGUGCUUUCUUGAAAGAUACAGAUGCUUGGGUUAGAAAUGGUGCUGAUGAGAGAGUUCGCCUUUUGGUUGUCCAAGUCAGAGAAAAUGCUUAUGCCUUGGAGGAUGUUAUUGAGACUUAUGUCUUCAAAAUGGCUUCUUCUUCUAAUCAUGGAACUAUGAGACGUGCAUUGAAAUGGUGUGUUGGCAUUAUUGAUGUGUAUAAAGUUGGAUCAAAGAUAAAGAAGAUCUCAUCCAGUAUUGAUACUUGGACAUCGGAAUUAGAAACACUUGGCGUACACAGAUCAUUAGGCAAUGCAAUUGAAGCUUCAUCAAGCUAUGUACAGAAGCAAAAAGAGUUGAGGAAAGCUUAUUCGUAUGUUGAAGACAAUGUUAUUGUUGGAUUCGAUAAAGAUAUCCAAGGUUUGGUUGCCCUUUUGACUAAGAAAGAGGACCCUGAUAAGCAUAAGGUGAUUUCUGUCUAUGGGAUGGGUGGUUUGGGGAAGACUACUCUUGCAAGAAAGGUCUAUCAGCAUCCUCAAGUCAGGACUCACUUUGAUUGUUAUGCUUGGGCCUCAAUAUCUCAGCAAUGUAAUAGGCGCGAUGUCUUGGAAACAAUUUUAUCUGGUUUCACUUCUCAAAUAGAUGCAGAAAGAAAUCGCAUCAAAAACUUAAGUGAUGAUGAAUUAGCAAGGAAGGUUCACAACUUUCAGAAACAGAACAAAUGUUUGGUGGUUCUUGACGAUAUAUGGACCACAACAACAUGGGAUCUUCUAAAGCAUGCAUUCCCUACUCAAGGAGAGACACAUAGCAGGAUCUUACUCACUACUCGGAAUAAGGUUGUGGCUUUGCAUGUGGAUCAACACGGUUUCAUCCAUGAACCUCAUUUCCUCAAUGAAGAGGAGAGUUGGGAGCUGUUUCAGAACAAGUACUCCCACAUUGGAAUGCAUCCAUCAAACUCAAAUGAGGAUGAUGAUGAAGAAAGGAAGAAAGAACUAGCGGUGGAGAUGCUUAAAAAGUGCUCUGGUUUGCCAUUAGCUAUCAUUGUGCUUGCUGGGCUUCUUUCUAAGAAACACACCUUAUAUCAGUGGGAGCUGAUGAAAGAAAAUGUAAUUCGCUGCAUAGGUCAAGGUAAUCCACAACAUGAUGAUGACUCAAAAUAUUGUAGUGUUUCUUCGGUCUUAGGAUUAAGUUAUAGCGAGUUACCACGUCAGUUGAAGCCUUGUUUUUUGUAUUUGGCUCGUUAUGCUGAAGAUGUCACGAUAAGACAAAGAGUUGUGCCAUAUACUCAUAGCAGAAGGUUUUGUAUCGUUAAGAAGAGGUUCUGUGGAAGCUUUGGAGGAUGUGGCAUAUGAUUGGUUGAGUGAGUUGGUGGAGAGGAGUAUGAUUCAAGUAAAACAAAUGAGUUCAACAGGAAGGAUUAAAUCAAUUUGCAUUCAUGAUCUCAUGCGAGAUUUGUGUGUGUCUAAAGCUCAAGAAGAAAACUUUCUACAUUUUAUUGAUUGGAGAACGAAUAGAGAGGAAGAACCAAUAGAAACAAAUAUUAGAAGAAUUGCCAUAUGUGUUCAUGAAAGUUCUAAUUAUGAUUUCAUUCAUGAAGCUCGAAAUAUAGAUGGCUCUCUUAGGUCCCUUUCUGUACAUGGUAAGGGGAGAGUCAUAGAUGUUAUGUACAGAAAAAGAGUAUUGAGUCAUGUAUGCAAUCGCUUUUUGAUGCUUAGAGUUUUGAUCAUGGAUGAGAAUGAUGCUAGGUAUGAAACUAAACUGCCUACAGAAAUUGGGAAUUUGAUCCAUCUAAGGUUAUUAAGUAUUCCUAAUUGGCGAAUUGAAAAGAUUCCAUCUUCUUUUGGGAAUUUAAGAUGCCUACAGACUUUGAGAGUAUCGCCUCAGAUUGAUAUAAUAAUACCAAAUUCAUUGUGGAAGUUGGAAAAGUUGAGGCAUCUAUAUUUCUCAAAUCUAGUUGGUGGCAUAGAAUUUGGUAAAUUCUUGAGAUCAAUUAAGUCUAGAAAUUUUCAGACAUUGGUAGGUGUUCGUACCAAGGAUCUUUUUUUGAGUGAUAUUCUACAACAGGAGAGUCUCAAAAAAUUACGAAUUUGUGUGGAUAGAAAUUUUGAGACAUUCUUACACAAUCCCCAAACUCUCACAUUCACUCGUCUUUUCUCUUUACAAGUAUAUAAUCCAUCUUACAUCAACAUAAUAGAUAUUGUUCCUUUCUUACUAAGCUGUCCUUGUAUUUAUAAGCUUAGAGUGCGGUCACCUAUAGUAAGAUUACCACAAGACAACCAAUUCUCCCCAAAUCUCAUCAAGUUACAGUUGAGUAAUCUCCAACUUAAGGAUGAUCCAAUGCCAACAUUAGAAAAGCUACCAAAAUUAAGAGUCCUUAGAAUUGACUAUGAUAGCUUUAUGGGAGAAGAGAUAGUGUGCUCAAGAGGAGGUUUCCCUCGACUUGAAUCUCUUCAGCUUACUAUUUUGAAAAACUUAAAAGAGUGGAAAGUGGAAGAGAAUGCAUUGUGUAGACUUGGCUAUUUGCGAAUUGGUUGUUGUUGUAGAUUGACAAGUAUUCCAAAUGGACUAAGAAACAUUAGUACACUCAAUGAGAUGGUCAUAGAGAAUAUGCCUAAGAAAUUCAAAGAAAGGAUGGAGCAAGGAGGAGACGAUUUCUACAAAAUCAACCACGUGCCAUCACGUGUUUUUACCAACUGUGAUGAAGGUACAUAUCUAAUCAACCAUCUAUCUUCUUUUCUUAAGUUCCAUUCCAUUUUUGUCUAUGAUUAAAUAUUUAUUUACUUAUUUACUAUCAAUGAAUGCAGAUUUUGAGGUUGGCUAUAUAUGAAUUUAAGUGGGAGAAGCUGAUAUCAACAUUUGGAGGAUGUGUUUGCCACUGCCAAUCACCACUAUCUGUUUGUUCAUUUGGAAUAAAAAUGUGUAAUAUUUGGGAUGUGUUUCAAUAUUUUUCCCACAUUUACAAUACACAUAUCAAUCAUUUUCAAAACCCAUUUUGUAAACCAUAGAA